CGUGUGCGGCUUCGUAUCUCGAGCUCGCGACCCGGCGCGCGGGGGGGGGAAACAGGGAAGCGGUUGGAGGAGCAACUCUUCACCGAAACCUCAGCACAACGACGCCGGUAGUUCUAACUUCACGGCGACUUUGAGACGCUUUAACGUCUCGGAAGCGUCGAGCCGAAGCGUUUAACCGACGCCGGGGCGCUGAAGUUGGCCGAGUUUGGGUGAACUUGUCCCGGGUUGUUGUGGUGGACGUUAGCGACGACCUAGCCGGAGGAGGCGGAGGAACAACAAUGUCGGUGCCGCUGUCUCUGUUAACGCUACACCCCGGCUCCAUUUUCAGCCGUUAAACAAACAAACAAACAAACAAACGGACGGGAGGAAGAAAGUGAGGAUAGAAAGAAAGGAGGUAAAGAAGGGAGAAAUGGCCGAAGCACGGUCCGAGGAAGAGGAGGAGAACAUGAUGAGGGACACCCGGGAACAAGUGGUUCGACGGGCGCCGAACAGCUCCGGAGGUCGUUCUAACAGACGUAAGCCAGAGCAUCGUCUCAGGCGACCGGAGAUCACCAUCCUGUCAGCGGAGCCGCUGGCCUCCACAUCCUGGUUCCCCGGAGCUUCUGGGGGGUUCCCACCUCCCCCGCCUCCUGCAGCCCAGAUCUGGGGACCCACAAUCCCUCCGUCCAUACAGCCUCCGCCGUCCUAUGAGGAGGUGAUCAGGGAGAAGACACAGGAGCAGGUUCUCCCUCCUCCUCCUCCUCCUCCUCCUUCCUCCUCCUCCUCCUCCUCCUCAUCUUCAUCACGCCCAGCUUCUACGAUAACCAUCGCCACGCAGACUGACCCGGGAUCUGCCCCUGAACCCCAGAUCGUUCGGGACUCUCAGGAAAGAAGACCAGUGAGACCACUACCGCCGCCUGUCCCUUUCCCUCGCAAACCGGCCGACGUUGCCAACGUCAUCACUUCCAGCCAAUCAGCACUACCCUCGGUUGACGGUGACGGCGUGGUACCAGACACACACCCGCUCACACACACCUCCGCUCACACACAGUGCUGCGACCUCUUCACUGACCCUUGCUCCCCUUUGAGCUCAACCUCUGGCGCUCAAACUGGCCAAUGGGAUAAGUCGUCAGCUGCUGUUGACGCGGCCGCUCUUCCCACCGCUUCCUCUCACGUGCCGUUGGAGCGUCCCAGGCCACGCCCCCGCCUGCGCUCCAGGCUCAGCGCGCCUGUCGGCAGCGACGUCAAAGUUCAGACUUUGGUGAAACUGCGAGAGGACGGUUUGGCCACGCUAGCGGCCCGCGCGGGAGCGGACGCCGCCAACCGGGACGUGAGUCAGGGGAAGUACCUCCAGGAGCUGCUCCAGGCCUUCAGCGCAGACGACUGGGGCUUCCCCGAGCGCCGCAGCGACAGCAGUGAGCACAGCCAAUCGGAGAGCGGGGAGGAAGACGAGGGCGAGGAGGACGACGAGGACGAGGAGGACAUGGCUACCCUGAAGGCGAGGAUACAAGCCUUCGAGCAGCAGCAGGUGGCUGAUGGGAGCUGUGCAGACGGUAAAACCAGAGACUUUGAGGUCGCAAACAGACCUGAACCCCGGCCACGCCCCCGUCUCCUGGGGCAACCAGCCAAAUCCGUCCCUCCCACUGUCGCCCCAAAACCCAAAAAUCUUUCUCAUGCACCCAAACCAUCCAGCAAAGAUUUCUGGGAGGACGGGGGUUUGACAGUAGACACGGUGGACUCGGGUUGCACCAAAACGGACCCUCCAACAGCUUCUGGCGCCCUGAAAUCUGCUCCAGCUUUGGUACCCGAACCCUGCACAAACACGGUAAAACCCGCAGUAUCCCCCAAACCACAGUCUGCUAGAGAAACCCUCACGCCUGGAACCCCUUCCUCUGCCCCCGUUCCGGCCCCGAGGCCUCCUCCACCCAAACUCGCCCCCUCUGUCAGUGAGACUCCUUCCUCCGCCGACCCCAAACCUCCGCCCAGACCUCCAGUCGCCCCCAGGACCAGCCUAGGAGGACAACCCCAGGACAAGAUCACGCCAGCUGGGCAUGUCCCCCUAACUCCGCCCCCGAGACCCUCGUCGGAGGUCUGCAGUGGAGCGCCGACAGAGACUCAGGCCGGAGGUGAUGAGACGCAGCAGUACGCUGCAAACCAAACUGUGAAAUUGAGAAGCGGCCGUCCAGGUGUCCCGACCAAACCGGCAGCACUGACAUCACCACGCAGAGCCAGCGCUCCAAGUGGUCUCCACCUGGCCCCCAAACCCACUGGCGUCUCGCCAUCGCCUCCAGAUUCAAACCCAGUCCCACCCAAACCCACAGCUGCUGCCCCGGCCAUAGCCCACAGACCUUCAGGACCGGCCCUGGUUCAGAGCCCGGGCCUCAAACUACCGGCUCCAGCCCUGAGGAAAGGCCCCGUGAUUCAGACCAAACCAGAAACCAGCAGCACUGCAAACCCAAGCUCCUCAGACCCUCCUCUCCCUCCGCGGCCUUCAAGUGCGAAGCUCCUCCCCCUUCGUCCUCCACCAAUCAAAUCCACCCCUGGGCGACCGCCGCCUCCAGCCGUCACCUCAAAUUCCUCAUCCAACCAGACGACCCCUCCUCGCCCCAAAACUUGUCCCGCCCCCUCUGUUUCCCCAGCCGGCCAGUCUUCGUCUUCACAAACUACUCCGUCCUCUUCGUCUGUAUCAGCCAAUCAGAGGGCAUCAAAGAGGGGACCACCUCUGCCCCCCCGCCCUAAACCUGGACACCCUCUCUAUACCAGCUACGUGAAACAGGAAGUCCUGAUCGUCCUGGACGACCCGAGCCCCCCAGAGCCUCCGCCAGGUGAAGGGAAGACUCAAACGUCUGUCAUCAACCCGUCACAGUGUCUCCUAGACCUGGACAUCCAACCAGAACCUGCUCCAGAUCCGGACAACCAAUCAAAAUCGGCCUUGGAGGGCUUCAGCCUAUCUGACUCCCAGUCUAUUCUUCCUGUGCACCCCACGGAGCAGAAGGAACCGCCCGACUCCCCCCCCGUCAGCGGUCCUCGGUGCGUCGCCUUGUUUGAUUACGAGGGCGAGGACGACGACGAGCUCACCUUCUCCCAGGGUGACGUCAUCGCCCUGCUGGAGAUCAUUGGACAAGAGUGGGGGCGGGGCCAGAUCCACGGGCGAAUCGGGAUAUUCCCCCUGAACUUUGCCGAGGUUGUGGAGCCGCCUCCGCAGCCGGCGCCGUCACCGGGGGAAACGGGAAAACCAACGGCCUCAGAGACCACCGCGACAAAAAGAACAGCACCAACAACUUCAAAGAGCCCCGACUCAGAGACGGAGUGGGCCGUGGCUCUGUUCGACUUCCCCGGGCAGACUGCAGAGGACCUGUCCUUCCACAAGGGGGCGCUAAUCCAGGUCACGCUGCACAUCGAUGCUGAGUGGAGGCGAGGCAGACUGGAGGGCAGGGAGGGGAUCUACCCUGCUGCCUUCACACAAGCCUGCCAGGCUCAGCCAAUCCCAGGCCAGAAGUCCGCGGUUAAAGGCGUGGCCAAGUUUGACUUCACAGCAGAAAGCGAGGAUGAGCUCACGGUAAAGGUUGGUGACAUUAUUACGCAGGUGGAGUUUGUGGACGAGCAGUGGAUUCUGGGAGUUGUGGGCGGGAAGCGUGGGAUUGUGCCUACAAACUACAUUUCUCUUCUCUCAUGAGGAAAACCCUGAAAACUAGGAAACUCCGGGAACAGGUUGGUGGGUUUUGAACUCUACACGGAGCGCUGGGAAUACUGAACUCGGCUUCAACAGGGUUUCAACGUUUCCCCCAAAAACCUUUCGCGCAGGUUUUGGUUAAACAAAGGCCGCCUGCUCAGAUUUUAUUGGUAGUUCGGACCGUCUCUUGACAACGGGACGCACCUGCGCCGCCUUAACGACGGAGUAAAACUGACUUCACGCCAGUGAUUUGCGUCUUCCUCUCUUCCAUCUCUGUGCUCUGAUUGGCUCCGUGGAUUAUAUCCCACCUGGACUGGAUUUGACUUUGUUUCUUUCUCUGACUGUUGGGUUCAUUAGUCCAGACCAGUGGACGGUCCCAGAACAUCAAAACCCCGAAGGUCCUGCGACUCACCUGUUCUCAUCCUGCACUAAUGGUUCAAAUCCAUCCGCAUGACGGGCACGGAUGGAAACAUAUAAUCAGGAUCGGACAUUUUGCUUUAAACAGCCGCCGUUUGGUGACUUUUCCUCUUUUUGGGUCUGAUUACAGAUGUUUAACAUAGACUGGUAAAAGUGUUAUGCGUCAGAUACAUUUUCAAAAUAAGAGGCCAGCUUGCAGUAUUUGAACUG